AGAAGCAACAGAAGGAUAACAUGAGGAGUGCAGUCCUGUGGGGUCUGCUGGCCGCGCUGUGUCACUGCACGCUGGUAAGCAGCCACGUCCUGGGAAGGGCCUCUUCCACCAGUGACCUUGCUCAGCUCAAGUCGUUAUUGGAGCGCUUCGAGGAGACUCUGGCUGACGCCGUCCAGCAGGAGGAUUCCGAGGCCGAUUAUGAAGGGACAAACCAAGAGUCUGAGCGCGCUCAGGCAAACCAAGGAUGGGGACUGGACCAAGAGGGGGACCAGGAUCCUCUGAAAUCAGAUAGAAUCCCACCAGCAGCAGAAGGUCGCAGCAGGCCCUUGAGUCAGAGAAACCGUCUGCAAGACCUGCUGUUGACCAGGAGACGGGCCUCCAGCUGCUUUGGAGCCAGAAUGGAUCGAAUAGGGAACGCCAGUGGCCUGGGAUGCAACAGUGGAAGAGGGUAGACUUGGCUUUUACUUGGGACACAUGUGGGAUUAUAUUUUUACUUCAACCGAAGACACAGCCAAAGCAGUGGGAUCUGUAUGAUUUGACAUUAGUGACAGUGCAAGUGUGUAUGAUUUGAGCAUUGUUGCAAAGCUGCAUGUAGGUUUCUAUUGCAAACAUAAAUAAACUCUUCUUUCAUAUAAA